AUGUUCCUCGCCGACGGUUUCGUAGAUUUUGUGGUUUCCAUACCCAACGUCGUUUUUCAUGAGGAAUUGCUCCCAAUUCCUGUUCUAUCUUUUAUGCGUGCUCUUUACUUAACAAUAACUUAUCACAAGUCUCUGAAAGGAGCGCAAAUUAGCUGGUUCCAAGGAAUAAUUGGAAUGCUUGUAACAGCCCUUGGAGGAAAUACCACGACUGCUUUGCUAUUAGGUCAACCGCCCAGUUGGCUCGUUUCCAACACCAUUAUCCCGACUUAUGUGGCGGUGCAUAUCGCAUACUUUCAUUUACCGCAAGUACGGGGACUUUUACAUAGUAUUCCUGAUUACAUCUUCAACCCAAUACUUGAUUUAGCAAACAUCCUUUACAAAGCCAAUUCCAUCUGCUUAUCCGGCGUUGAGAAAAUACGCACAGAUGAGCGCUACCCAUUGAAUAACAGUUGGGUAGCAAUGGUUAUAUGUGGAACUUUGUCUGGCUGCGCUGGCGGUCUAUGGGUUUCUACGUUUCAAAUCGCUACUCCAGAAUGGGGAUUCAAGAGUACUCCGAAAGUGCUUGUUGAGCCAAGCUAUAUUAUGAAAGCAAGCUUUGUUGUUUCCUUGCUUUAUACUUGGGGCACAAGUGGCGAGGGAAAUGGGAUAUUUCAAUUUGAUAAGAAAGAAGGGAGAGCUUUGGCCAUGUUAGGAAUGAGUCUUUUUUCACUCAUCAAGACGGAUGAAUUAGCUCAGAUAAUAAGGAAGAUUGGACGUAAUGACGAGGUGGCGGAGGGAAAAGAAAAUGAGGAAAAGAAAGAUCAAUAG